AUUAACAUGAAACUUUUGUUCGAUGGAACUGCAGUUUCCGUUUCCGCCAAUUUAAAUUUCGUAUUCCGAUGAUUAGAUUCGGCCAAGGACGACGGCACCUUAGUUCUCCGGUGGUGGUUUCUCCAAUCAAAAUGCAACUAGUUCGAGCUUCGAUUCUCUGUUGUCUGGAUUUGGCUUGAAGGUUUGAAACUUUGUGGCAAUCCUCUUCUUAGGCGAUUUCUAUCUCAUUGCGCGUGAGGUAUCGAUCACGUGGUCUUGUCGCCGAAGAAUAUAUAUAAUUGUUUCCUUCAUCACUGUUACAUCCAUGAAUUGCAAAGAAUUUAUGGAUGACCCUCGGCCUCUAGCAGUUGAAAGCUUUUCCACCAGUUGGCUGUUGAAUGUGAAGCAGUCCUACGAUGCCACAUCCAAAACGAUGGAUUAUAAGAUUGUUAAGCCUUCAAGGUUACUGGAUGAAACACAGAGCUUCAAAUUCAGCACUUCAAUCCACCCAUCUGUUCUCAUAUCCCAUGCUGAUGAACUUUUUUUUGAUGGCUCUGUCAAACCUGUUUAUAUAAGCCACACAACAGUGGGAGCCUCUAAUACAUCUGAUUUUGUUCCAGUCGAGCUCAAUUCUUCACCUUCUUCUUUAACUUCUAGUCCAGCCAUACAAAACAGAUGUUGUCAUUCUGGAAGAUGGAGAAGAUCCUUAUGUAUGCUACAGAAGUCUUUAGGAUGUCUCCGUCCCAUUUGCCAUAAAGGAAGCCCAGGUGAUGUUAACUGGGAUGAUGACAUUAAACAAAAAUCCUGUGAUGUUGGGAGUCAACACCAAUCCCCACAAGUAUCUCCACAAAGCAACAUUGGUUCCUCAUCAGGUGAUUGGUGUCAUCUAGAGAGCUCAAUUUAUGAAGCAAUACUUCACUGCAAAAAAUCAAUAGGGAAUGAUAUCCUGGACCAAAAUUAAAGGAUUAAAGGACAAUAGAUGGAUAAAGUACCAGACUUCUGGGAGGGUUUCAGCAUGGCAACUUGUCCUUUGUCCUCUUUCCUCUGGCAUUAUCCCUUUUCAGUUUUCACUUCCUUUCUUGGGAGAAGUUAUAUUUUGUCAGUCCUGUGAGGAUGAAAGACGUAUAGGAUUUUAUGUGUGUUUCUAAGCGAAGUAUCUCAAGCAUCCUUCAGAUUGAUGUAAUUAGGACGUUACCUUGUCUUGUUUGAUAUGCUGUGUACCGUAGAGUGAGAGAAACAAGUUAUUGUUCAAGAAAGAACAGGGUAUCUGUUUUAUACGGAAUAGGUAUAUGAGGAAUGUGUUUCGAUUCAGCGUUGUGUUGUGGGUUUUCAGAUGUACACAUUCAAGUCUUCCGAUAGUUAUGGAAAAUUUUGUAUUAACUUUUGACUUAUUUCUUCACAUAUUCAUACGAAUGCUUCGAUCUUUAUAAAA